AUGGCGUCCCCCAAAGCCUCGUCGCCACCAUCCCCCGCGUCGCUUCACAGCGCCCGUCGGCGCGGAGCUGUUUUGGCGCCGAAUAAUCGAAGGAGCCAUCAAAAUGGCGGCGGCUGCGGCGGCGCCGUCGUCGUCGAGACGACGAUAUAUUUUUCUCUCUCGAAAAUGAACCGGGACCUCGGGGUUCACCUCGGGCCCGAGCCCCGGGCGGGGCCCUCGGCCGGUCGGCUUGAACCCGACCGGAGCCCGUGGAUGCUCAGGCUCCUCUCGGCCUUCUUCCCCAGGCCGAGCCUCGCGCUCUCCCACACGGGACCCGGACCCGAGCCCCGGGCGCCGGACGAGACCGGGACGAAGGCGGGCGAGGCCGCCCAAGCCGAAGCCCAAGCGAGCACGGGCGUGUUCUCGGGCGGCCUGGUGUCCUCCGUCCUCCACUGGCUCAAGCCCCCCGAGCAGGGGCUGGUCCCCGGCCCCGCAGCGGCCGAGCUCUCCCUUUACCGCGACGCCGCCCCGGAGGAAGCCCCGCGGCCUUUGCUUCACUCGGCCGAAAGCCCCGGGGUCGGGUCCUCGCCGCCUCCCGUCUUUCCCGCCCCGGGCGUUCUGCAGACGCUUUGGGACAAACUUGCCGGCGGUGCCCCGGAGCCGCCGUUCCGUUCGGGCUCGUGGCGCAGCGCCGCCGUCAGCCCCCCCGGGCCGUGCGGUCGCCCCGGGGGGGGGAUGGCGCCGCACGAACCCCCCCGGGACUUCGCCGGUACGAAAAUGAAAGCCGAUCUGACGUUGCGUUUGGGUCGGGGCAACGGGGAUUGCACCGACCCUGUGCACCGGGUGUGGUUCCCGGAAAGGUCUGGGCUUCACGUCCAGACAAAGGCAGACACACGGGGGUCAGAACUGUUGCUCCCAGAUGUCGGGAUAAAGGAGAAGUCUGCGGAACUUUUCCAUCACGUUAGGGACCUGUGCGUUGUCACUCCGGAGCAGGACUACGGCUACUCCAGUUUGGAAGAGGAGCAUAAUUAUGCCCAACAUAGGGGCGUCUAUUCGUGUCGCAGCGGUGAGACGGAGGCCGCAUCGGAAGACAACUGCUCCAAAAGUGCAGGUGAUUCGGAGACCUGUGAAGUUGUAGUUGCAGACCAUGAAUUUGUAUUGCAGGGAUCGGUUGACUUAACCAUGACCUCAGAUAGUUUUGAGGCCUCUGAUGGCAAAUUAUCCAUAGGGUACGAUGAAUGGGACAGUGAUAGUGAAUCCGAGGACGCUGCAAACGAAGAAGCAAACAGUCCUUCCAUCCCUAGACCAAGAUGUUCCAAUAAAACCAUAGCCUACAUUUUAGGAGGUAACUCCAGUGAUGAGGAGAGUGAAGACGAGGAGGACAAAGCUAGUGAUUGGGAUGACGAUGGCUUUGACAGUGAAACCAGUUCCGAUUUCUCGGAUAGCGAUUGUUCCAGUGAUGAAACAGAAAAGCUGUGGAAUUCUUUUUCCAGCAGUUGGGAUCCAUAUAACCCUUUAAAUUUCCAAGCCUGUAUUAAAACAACAAAAAGGCAGAAGAAAACUUUGCCUGAAAAUCCUGAAUUGCAUCAAGAGACUACAUCAGGGUCAACAUGUCCUCAGCAGUCUCUGUCUUCCCUUGUGGACAGUGAUACAGCAAUGGACAGUGGGUUUUCUGAGGCAGUUCAAAAUCAGCUGCGAGAAGUAGUGACUCAAUUGAUCUCGGGCAGAAAAGGUUACAAAAAGGUUGCCUUUGAUGAACACGUCAUUGAGUACUAUGUGAGCAGUGAGGAGAUACGUAAAGGCCCCUGGGAAGAAUAUGCUCGGGAUCGCUGCAGGUUCCAGAGACGGAUCAGAGAGACAGAAGAAUCUAUUGGCUAUUGUUUUACCUUCGAGCAUCGACAGAGUGUAUUGGAAAGGUUACUAAUGGACAGCUGAUGACCUCCUGGUGUGGACGGACUAUUAUUACAUGGAAUAAAUAACUCAUUUAUUAAUCAUAUAGUCUGUUUAACAAAUCAACCCUAAAAUGCAUACUUACUUUAAUCAUUAGAAUAAGGGGCAAGGAGAAAACAGCUUUCAUGUAUUGAUCAUCAAGAGUAAUUUCUUGAGACGAUGUCUGCACUUUAAUAUUCAAAGCUUGAUGGUACAAGCUCUUGUAGGUGGCUGUGUUCGAUUUUUGGUCGGGGGAACUUCCACGCUGGGGUCUUAAAUUUGAGCUCUGUGCUUAUCCUUUACAUUUUAUCAAGGGAUUUGAGGUGCGUGUGUUUUGCUCAGCGUUUGUCAUCGUUAAUGUGUUGAGUGAUUAUUUGAAAGCCUGGUUUUGUUCGGUGUUCACAAAGUGAGCGCCAGCUGCUUUUUGCAUUAAACAGCAGCACAGAGUAAAUUAUUACCACGUGGUGUGGCACACCUGGAGUUGUAUUUGUCAUCUGCUGAAGUUGUACGUCUGUUGUGUCAGCAUCUUGAAUCGUCUGGAGUGUGUUGUUGCACUCAUUGGGGCAGCAUUUGCAAUGAAAUUUCACUCAACCAAGCUGGUGGAAGAACUUCUCGUGCUUUAACGUUCUUAUUCUUUCAGGGUAGACGGCUUGAAACCUAGCCCCUUGUGAGUACAGGGUUACAACUUUGAAGCUAGUUUGUGUGAAAAGGAAGAAAAACAUCAGUAAUGCGGUGGAGGGUGAUCUUCUGUGGUUAGGACAUUCUGUCGUUCCCUUUAUCAGUCACCAGCACUUAAUGAAUUAUUACUUAGAAAAUAAUACUCGUUUGACUUGGGAUUUUCUUCAGUGCGACAAGGAGGGUGGGGAAGCUUUUAUUGAUGCCGAACAGCUUGUUUUACAGGAAUGAAAAGGGGCUGGUGUGGGGGGGGGGGGUUGAAUUAUGACAGAGUAGCGGAAAGCAAACUGAGGACAGAGUAGCCAUAUGUGUCUACAUUUAGAUAAAUGUGCCUUUAGUUUUUACUAAACUCCCAAGAUCGGGUACAUGUGGAUCAUUCAAAUUGGGUACAAAAUCCUCAGUCUUCUUUACCACACCUACAAUAGAGAGAGGUUUCUGCUUUAAACAUACACUCAGCUUCAUUUUUUUUAAAAUCUGUUUUCAGUGUUGGAUUUUAGUGUAGGUGGAAGCUGUUGACCGACUCCAAACUAUUCCUCCGAUAUUGUGCACAUCAUCACUAAUUUUCACGGAUUCCAAAUUAUUGUCGAUUCACUUUACAGUAUAUUCUGUGAAGUGCUUUGAAGACGUGAUAAGGCGCUAUAUCAAAUGCAAGGGUUAUUAUUGCCACAGCAGACGAUUGUUUUGAAAUUCAUUUAAUAGCGUUCUUGGCCAUUUACAUGUUUUAAAAUAUAUUUUUACAGCUUGCUUUAACUCACUAAGAAAAAAAGUUUUGUGUGUUUCACAUAGUUUACAUAAACGUGUCACAACUGGAAUCCAAACCCCUUUUUGUUUUUCAAGUUCAAGAUCUGUUUGUUUCCUUUAUUCUAAACUCAAUCCACAAAACUUGGUGAGAGACACUGCUGUGUACAAUUGGCUGCCCUGUUUUUGCCCACAAAAUAUACAGUCAAUGCACUGUGCGGUAUAUUCUGUGAAGCGCUUUGAGAUGUCUUGGGGACGUGAUGAGACUAUAUCAAAUGCAAGGUUAUUAUUUGCUGAAUUUGUUCUACAGUAUUUUGCAAGUUUGAUUCAUUUCAAAAUGUUUGUGUAAUGAAACACAUUUGUCGUGCUGGAAGUGUUUUAAAUAAUAUAUUAAUAGAUAUUUUCUGAUCGGUUCAUUGGCACUAGGAAUUCUACCACUUGUUUGGCAAUGGGGUUUGAAUUGUUGGUCAAUCUGGGACGAGGAUUUCUGUUUUGAAGGGAUUAGCAUUUGGAGAGGAGCGAACAGGGUAAAAUAGGGGCAUGACCUGCUGUGAAUAAUCAAGAGAUAAUCUCAUAGAAUCUUACAGCGCAAAAGGAGGCCAUUCGGCCCCUCAUACUUGUAUGGCUCUUUGAAAGAGCAAGCAACUUGUCCCACUACCCCGCUCUGCAAAUUUUUCCUUUUUAAGUAAAGUACCUUUCCAAUUCCCUUUGAAAGCUAUUAUCAAAUCUGCUCCCACCAUCCUUUCGAGCAGUGCAUUCCAGACCAUAACAACUUGAAGACAGAACCAAUUGGCUUCAAAAGCAAAUCCUGUCUGCAUGGACCUUGGAGCCAGUUUAUUCAUUCCAUGAAGUGAAGUGUUCUAAGGCUGCCAAGCACAUAUCACAUAGAGCAGGGGAAGAACGAGCAUUGCCUAUAUUAAUGCAAAAACACUAUAUUUAUGCAGAACAUUGUUUGACUCCAGCUACAGGAGUAAAUAGCACUUGCCUCUCAGGUGUCUUAGUCACAGGCCCUUCAGAAGUAGUGGUGAAGCAUUGGACUCCGAAUAAAAAGAUGAGUUUGAAACCUAGCUUUGAUCCUUUAUCACAGUGGUGGACAACCCAUGGCCCAGGGCGACUGAGCUGUAAAUGUAAGCAGUUUCAGGAUAAAAUUACAAAUCAUGUUUGCUUUGCGCAACAUUGCAAACAUUUCCAUUCCUCCCCCUUGUCUUGUCUCCUUCAUAUAGUGCAAUAUCUAUUGUGUUUAUUUGUUUGUGUAUGCGAUCAUUAAGAUUGGCCCAUUUGCAGUGAACAGACUUAAGUUUAUCCCUUUACGUUCCAGUUGCAGCUAUUUAUUAAACCUAUAAUCCUUGUAUGUAAUUUUAUGAGGCAGAUUUGUACUUAUUUUUACUGAUUGUUCAUUUACAGCACAUUUUACCAGUUUCCAAAUUAGGAUGGAAGUGAGGACUGUAAAUAAGUAAUGUGUAUUUAGUUUUUCCCCUUCAAUGAAACAACUUAAUAUGUAAAUCUUUAAGCGAUCAGGUUUUCAAGCUCCUAAAUAACCCCACAAUUGUUGUGAGAUCACAAAUAAAAUAUCAGCAUCUUGAGCACG